UUGUUAAAUGCAGGCAGCUGUCUUACUAAUAAGUGGAAACGGACUAAAUGAUGUCAACAGCAGGGCAGGUGAUCAAAUGCAAGGCAGCUGUUGCAUGGGAGCCAGGGAAACCUCUUUCCAUUGAAGAUGUGGAGGUCGCCCCACCAAAAGUCCAUGAAGUCCGCAUUAAGGUUGUUGCCACAGGCGUGUGCCACACAGACUGGGAAAACCUGUAUGAGACAGGAAAAGGAAUGAAGUUUAGACCGUUCCCAUUAGUUCUCGGGCACGAAGCAGCAGGAGUAGUGGAGAGUGUUGGUCCAGAAGUCACCAAUUUCUCACCUGGGGACAAAGUUAUUCCUCUUUUUCUGCCGCAGUGUUUUGACUGUGAUCGAUGUCGCAGUCCUAAAACCAAUCUAUGCAGAAAGAACUGGGCAAAUGCUCAAGUAGGCAUAUUGGCUGAUGGCACAAGCAGAAUAUCUUGCAAUGGGCAGCAGGUGUACCAGUUCCUUGGUGUCAGCUCUUUCUCCCAGUAUACUGUAGUUUCUGACACCUCACUUGCAAAGAUAAGAGACGAUGCACCACUGGACAAAGUGUUCCUGCUAGGCUGUGGAGUCUCCACUGGUUACGGUGCUGCUGUUAACACAGGCAAGGUUGAAAAAGAUUCCUCAUGUGCCGUGUUUGGGCUUGGAGCUGUUGGUCUGGCUGCCAUCAUGGGAUGCCAAAUUGCUGGGGCAAAAAGGAUAAUUGGGAUUGACAUCAAUCCUGACAAGUUUGAGAAAGCCAAACUGUUUGGAGCCACUGAAUGUGUCAACCCCAAAGAGCAUAACGGGAACAUCCAAGAUGUUCUUGUGGAGAUGACUAAUGGAGGGGUGGACUAUGCUUUUGAGUGUGUUGGUAGUCCAGCUGUCAUGACUGCUGCACUGGAGUCUACAAUAGAUGCCUGGGGCAUGUGUGUCAUCGUUGGGUGGACAGAGACAGAGGCAAUGAAUGUUGUGGUUGAAAAGAUCCUGAUGGGACGCAAACUGACGGGAACAUAUUUUGGAGGGUGGAAGAGUGUGCAAGAAGUGCCUAAACUAGUAGACGACUACAUGAAGAAAAAGCUGAAGCUGGAUGAGUUUAUCACCCACAAACUCCCACUGGAUCAAAUCAAUAAGGCCUUUGAACUUUUGAAGCUUGGGCAAAGCAUCCGUGCGUUAAUCAAUCUUUGGCCAGAGGAGAAUAAUCCUGAGGUGGCUUAAGAUGUGGAGAGAGCCAACUUGAUAAAAAGAUGUGGUCAUACCGAUAUUUUGUAUUCAAUUUAGCAGUGUAUUUUUGAUCUUUUAAUGCUCUUUUUCUUAAAAGAUGUUGAUAAAAAAUAUUUUCCCAGCUUGAUUCUAGCAAAUGAACAUAUUGGCCACUAGAUGGUGGUCUUGUGUCACAUAAAAGCCUCUGCGUGUGUCUAUUAAUACCACCUAUCUUUAUAGAGACUUUUCUAUCUGCAAAUGACUCUGCUUUUUUUCAGAUUAAAUACAGAGGGUUGUUGUUCCUGUUGAUCAAAAGGGAAAACAUCACAGGAUUUCUAGGGCACUUACAUUAAGUAAUACAUUCAUAUAUACAUCUCCAGUAACAAAUUGUCUUUACAUAUGUCACACAUAGAACUGCAUUGAUUCAACUGCAUUGAUCAAUAUGAAGUGAUAGUUGGAAUUAAAUACCCUUGUAUAUGAGAUGAUAUAAAAGACCCAUGAACCAAAUGGCUGAAUCUGUCAUCAGGCAGGGAAAAGUAUCAGCUUCAUGUGGUCAGGCUUACUAAAUUUCAGCCAUGGUAAUAUUAUAUAUUGAUUUAAUAGGCAGUAUGAGAAUGAGAAGGGCUAAAAUAGCAGUUGUGGACUGUCAGGACUGAAGACAAAAGGUUGUUUGGGGGAAGGCCUCCCUAUGAAGAACUGAAAUAGCUGUCUGAAGGAAUUUGUUUUAUUGAAGUUCCAUUCAGAUCAAAUGAAUACCCUUGGCAGUUUCCCCGGCAUUUUCAUCUUUAUUUAAAAUGGAAAAUAAAUUGGUGUUCCUCCUCUCAUGUUGGUCUGUGUUUGUCUGCGUGCUAUCAAUCACUGAUC